AGCGGAAGUAAACAACAUGCGGCUUGUGUGUUUGUGCUGCAGUGAGUGUCCUCUGUGAUGUCGUGGUGAUGUCAUGGUGAUGUCGUCGGUGAAGCAGCGGUACCAUGACAUCAGCCCUGUGACUCUGCAGGUGGUGGGUGGGGCUGUGAGUGCCAGUCUGUACUGUGGGGAGGUGGAGGGCCUGUUGGGGGGUCUGGUGGAGUCCUUCCUGGUCGAGCUUUAUCGCUGUAAACUCUGUCAGUUCACAUGCGGCCUGAAGACCUCCAUCAGCAGUCACCUGCUGCUCAGGCACCGCCCCCCCACCCUCACAUACCUGGAGGGGCCUGACAGAGGUGGUGGGGCUGAGGACAGAGAGGAGACGGGACUCCAGCGAGAGGCGUCACCCUAUCGGCUGGAUCUGAACGGAGAGUCCAAACAGAGUGAGGAAGACGAGGAGUUCCUGCUUUACAACAUGCUGGACAACAUGAGCCCGCCCACCUGUGACAUUAGCAGCGAGGGGGGGCUGCAGGUUGCACACACCUGUGAGGUCAGCACUCUGUUCGAGGAGGAGUCCUCCAUCUUCCCUCUGAAGGGGGGUCCAGUGGAUCUCUCCUGUCCCAUCGAGCCCCCCGCCACCCAGGAGGAAAUGGCACAGUCCGCUCACCUCAUGACUCUAGGACUGUGUCGCAUCUCAGCUGCAAAACCGCCACCUCCUCCUCCUCCUCCUCCUCCCCCCAGCACUUCCCAACCCGUCCACCCUCCCCCUGACAACCCUCCUCACCCAUCGCAGCCCGACAGCCUGAAGCAGGGCGAGACGGACGGUCUGCCUAUGAGGACCUCCCCCUCCAGUAAACAGAGGCUGCCGUGUCUCUUGUGUCCUCUGAUGCUGGCGUCCAGGCGGUUGCUGGAUGUCCACGUCCGGUCUCACCGGGUGACCGGUGGAUUCAGCUGCAUCUGCUGCAGCUGGACGGCCGACAGCUGGGAGGAGCUGGAGCCUCACUGGAGGAGCCACUGCAGGAGGAGGAGGAGGAGGAGGAGGAGGAGGGAGGAACAGAAACAAGAGAGGAAGAAGAAGGAGAAGGUGGCAACAUCGAGGCUAUUCAGCUGUCCGGUCUACCUCAGGACGUUCAGGAGCACCGCCUCACAAAACCUUCAUCAACAAACACGUGACAGCUGUGAUCGGCGUCACCACAGCGACCACUCAGAUGGAUGGAGGGGCUGGCCGAUUGGACGAACAGGAGUGAAGAAGGAAGCACAGACAGACAACAGGUUGGUUCCCAGUCAGACCCGCAGAUCUCAGACUGGUUCACAGCAGAGCGUCACAGAGAAGACGAAGGAAACCAGAAGAAAGAAAAGAGAAGAACAAGAGAAGGAGGGUGGGGAGACUGGUUUCUGUUGCUCUCUGUGUCACAGGAAAUUCUCGACCAAACUGACUCUGAGGCGUCACCUGGGCAUUCACGGAGGAGAGAAACCGUUCACCUGUCCUCACUGCUCCUACAGCAGCAGACUGAAGGCCUCACUGCUGCAACACCUGAGAACACACACAGGUGAGAAGCCGUACAGGUGUGCUGAGUGUCCAUAUGCCUCUAUAGAUCGCAGCUCUCUGCUCAGACACUGCAGAACUCACAGUCAGGAGAAACCAUACAGGUGUCAACACUGUGACUACAGCAGUAUCCAGAAGAAGAGUUUGGACCUGCACGCUCGCCGUCACCACACCGGAGAGGCAUUUCCAUGCCAACAGUGUGAGUACUCGAGUCCGGACCGUCAGCUGCUGCUGAGACACGUCCGCAGACACCAUGCCCCCUCCCAGCCUGCCGCACUAUGACCUCACAGGUGAUUGAGUGCUCUGAUUGGACUACUAGCUGGUUGGCAUGACUACUGUCUCCAGCUGAUGAUGUAAUAAGGAUGAUGUCACCAAACGGGCCGCUGAUGUCACAGACUGUCUGCUGGUUGUUACUGUAUGGUUUUCAUUGGUUGAAUUUUUGAAUCAAAGUAAAAAAAACAUGUAAA